GAACUGUCAGUCGGUGAAAACUCAGGCAAGGUCCGUAAGCGAAAACGAUUUUAUCCGCUGUUUUAAUUAUUAUAAAGGGAGUUAAAUAAAUCAUUCAGAGUACAGAAACUGCUGCAGCGAUUGUUUUGUCGAACAACCGCAACCGACCUGGUGUUCGUUUUUACCAAGGCAAUGGAUUUGCUGAUUUCUGAAGCUCCAGCACUUACCCAUUAUUAUGCCGCAGUAUAAGAGUCAACUGGCUGCGCUGAUUAAAGGACGUGGACAGGCCGGUUUCAGCGAGUAUGAAGUGUUGAAAAUAUUUUGCGACGUAUGUGAAUCAUUGGCCCAGUUGCACUGUUGCCAAGCGCCGGUCAUCUAUCGCGAUUUGAAGGUGGAAAAUGUGGUCCAGAAUGAUAUGGGACGGUUUAUAUUGGCUGAGUCGGAAACGGCCACGACACGAUUCCUAAAUCCCAUGGCACAUGGCAAGAAAAUUGUAGAGGAAGAAGUUCAGAAGUACACUUCGUCGUCCUAUCGAGCGCCAGAAAUGGUUGACUUGAAUUCUGGUCACAGCAUAACUACUAAAGUUGAUAUUUGGGCACUAGGAUGCAUGCUGUACAGGCUCUGCUUCGGGGUGAUGCCAUUCGGUGAGAGCUCCAAAGCGAUUCUACACUGUCAGUAUACAAUUCCAGAAAAUAGUAAAUAUUCACCGGAGCUGUGUCAGUUAAUUCGUUUUCUGUUGGAACCUGAUCCCGAAAAACGUCCGAGCAUCUAUCAAGUAUGCGAGUUUGCCUUCAAAACUGCCGGUAAAGAUAACCCAUUAAGAGUAACACUUGAUCGACAAAAAUCGCAACCGACAACGGUUUCCAGCAACAUUUCUGAUCAGUCUGACCGGAGGCUGCAGUACCAGACCAUCACGGCAACUAUGAGCGGUACUAGCGUCGCCCCAAGAUCCAGACCAAAGGCACAACAAACCAAUACAGGGUCUGGUUUUCAGCUUGGACCCUUAAACGCAUCACCGAAGAAUGUCGUUUCUCCAACUUUAGGCAUAGAAGCAGUUACUGCAGGAAAUGGGCUCGAGAAAAAUAAUUUUGUCGCUAACUUCAGUGGAAACUUUCCUACGUCAAAGCUGGGUUCUAAAAGUCCGGCGGCCGGAAUGGUCAGAGAACAAAUGCAGCCCAUGGGUAGCGGUGAGCAGCAGCGCAAUUCAAACGAUUUGAGUUACCGGUUUUACCAAACGGACUCCAAACAUCUGUUUGUUCCAUCAAUGGACGCAACUGGCUCGAAGGAAAAAUCUACCGCCGCCUCUCCAGCAUCGUUACUGCUAUCACCUUUCGAACCCGAACAACCUUCAUCGUCCUCUUCUUCGACGCGCCCUAGGCCAACAACACUAAUGCCAUCAACAGUUGUACAUCCAUCCAAAUCAUCUCUUCUGCAACAGCAACACGUCCUGAGUAACUCUAACAGCGAAAAAUCACUCGUUUCUCCCGUCUCUGGAUCGACCUGGAAUCCAUUCGGAGAUCCUUCUUCAUUCAGUCCUAAUUCAACGCUCACCGAAGAUCAAUUAUUCGGUGCCGAGUUCGAUAAGCUCCGCCUUGAAGGCGGUAGUCAAACGUCGAUCGUAACAUCCCCAGAAGAGAUGAAAUCUGAACGAGGCGCUACGACGGUACCAGCUGUGUGGCUUCUGCAACCACAACAUCAGCGGUUCUCGCUUCCGAUCUUAUCUCAGGCCGCCUCCACUGGUGCCUUAGCUUCGUCUACCAUGCCGAAUCAUGAAGUUGUGCCCGAAGAGGAUCCGUUCGGGUCAGCACCAUUCACGCUGCCAAAGAGAUUGAAAGACAAAGCAGGUCGCUCGUCCAAACUGACCUCAAAGCUAAGUGAAGUGAUCUCCAGUGCUGCAGCUGGCAGUGGCAAUCUCUGGAGACACUCUACCGGUGGGGGUAAGGAAAGUUUAAUUUCAACAUCGGUUGAACAUACGGGAGUGCCAUGCGAGAAUGGCAGCGGGCCAAACGGGGAACUAGAAGGGGUUGAUAAAUCGGCACUGUUGGGGAUCAAGCUGGACGAUUUGAUUAGUGGUGGCGAAAAGGGAUCGCCCAAUUUUAUAAAGUUGCCGCUCGAUGAUAGGAACAAGUACGAGAAGUUAAACUCAAACGAUGUGACGUCCGAUGAUAGUGAUUCGGAGUUCUAUCCGGAUUCGGUAGGUGGAGUAAAGAAGCAAAGUUUCAAACAGUUUGUCGAGAGUAAUAUACCAGAGAAGUUGCAAGCGGUGUAUCAUAAGGUGGAUAAGGGACAGAUAAAAAACGUACAGAUAGUGAAAAAGUUGCGUGGUAAGGUUGUGACUAAGGAUGACGCUAAGAAGAGUCACCAGAGGACGGGUAGGUCUAAAGGAAAACUCGACAAAGGAUCGAUAGAUGAGCGGAAAGAGAAGGGUGGAGAAUCUGACGAUUCUAUUGGAUCGGCUAGUGAUUUGAGGGCGAACGAUGAUUUUGUGGAGGGAGAAGAGAUUGAUGGAGUCAAGGCGACUACUGGCAAACCGGUGAAAAGAUUCAACCGCCUUACUUGUGGAGAAGGAAGCGUAGAUGAUUGUAUUAGUGAAAGUAUUAAAACGUGCGGAUCAAGUGCCUAUCAUGCCGAAUGUGAGAGUGUGACAACAAACGAAGAUGACACCAGUCGAAUAGUAACAAGAGUACGGGUCAAAAAACGUGAACAUGAUUCCAAGCAUAGCGUUAUUGAUGAGGACGACUCAGGCGAAGAGGACAUGGUUCAAGGCGACAAACCACUGCUUCUCGACGACGAGCUUGACUAUGAGUCUGCUCCCGAAAACAACUCUAGCAGCGAGGAAGUACUGAUGGAUCCUUUUACGCCAGAAUCUCUUCCGGACGAAUCUGAAAAGCAGACCGAAGAGGAUGAAAUCGACCUGGAUCCAUUCGCGAUGGCUCCGUUUCGCAAGCCAGCUGUUCCAAAGCGUAACAGUAUUAAGUACGUUCCAAACGUUCAUCCAAUUCCCGAGGCUUGUCCGGCUAUUCCUGUUCCUUCAUUACCAACUGCCGCCAGCGAUUUCUUUACAUCUACACCUGUUAAACCGACGCAUAAUCGAUCACAGCCUGAAGUAGAGCUUUUUGGAAAGUCACCGAUUUCUAAUAUUCAACCUGUAACAGUCGUACCAGAAAUCACACCUCAGUGUGAAAAAUCUCCCAAACCCCGUACUGACAUCUUUGGCCUAGAACCGUUCCCUCCACUUAUUAUUUCACAACCGGUAUCGGUCCCAAAGCCGAUCCCAGAAAGUGUAUCAAUUCCAACGGUGACCGUAGAACCGGGAUCCGUCGCGUUAACACACAUCAUUCCAAAUACAAUGGCAGCCGUUCCCGUUGUUAAACAGGAACCGCUACCGACUGUGGUUCACCACCAGCAUCAAAGUUCUCAACUGAAUGCCCGAUUAAGCUACAUUAACUUCAGCCAAGUCUCGGCACAGGGAGGCGGCAGCAUUUUGCCGGACAACAACUAUGUCAAUUUUGAUCCCGACGAUGAUGAUGUAAGGAAACUGAAAUCGGAUGACUAUGACGAUAGUAGUGAUGCGGUUGUGAAGAGUUCCUCCAAAGCUGGUGGUUUUCUCAGUAAGAAAGAGAAGGUUAAAUAUAAUUCCCUUAAAGAUAAAACCUCAGUCAAUAAGGAUGAUUCAAUAAGUAUCUCAACGGGGGCCACUACCACCGGGAAUCACGUGCUGGUGAUCCCAGCCAAAUUAAGCCAAAAAGUUAAAGUAAACGUCGGUGGUUACAAAAAAGUGUCGCUCAAAAGCAGCAAAAAAGAUAAAUCCAAUGGCAGCGGGCUGGAAAAGUACGAAGCCCCAAUCGGUAAGCCGCAGUCGUCCAAGGUGAGCAAAAAGAUGGGUUUCAGCAACAUGAGCUUCGAAGAUUUCCCCUCAGAUGAGCUAGUCGAGGAGCAACUUUCGCCAUGCGCCCGUCAAACAGGCACCGGAAGUAAAUUGAUGAAAAUCGCCCCCUUCGAAGUAGUGCGAAACGAAAAAAUGUUACUGGAAGCGGAGAAGAAGUUUGGGUCGCUGAAGCGGCGCAGUAAUCCGUUCUCCUGAUUAUACGCUGAAUCUCAGAAACGAAAGAAAUAAGCUGAGUGCAGGCUACACAAGUAUCUCAGAUACCUUUUAAAAGUGGUAUAUACUAAAAUGAUUUGUUAUUUACUGGUUAUGUAAAAGUGCUAGAAAUUAGCCCUUGAGCAUCUAUAGAUUUUAAGAUAUAACGUAGAAAUAAGUGCUAAUUAUGUUUUGGUUAUGUAUUGUGUAUAUUACAGCAGCAGCUAUUUGGAAGUGUUGAAAGGCAGCGAUACAGUGAGACUAAUCGUAACGAUUAAAGCAUCAUGUAUAGUAUAAGUUGAUAGCACUAUAAUUCAGGAGAAAUACCCGAUCAUCAAAAUGUCUUGAGUUCUACCAAAGUUAUAGUUGGUGAGUGUUAUGCCUGUGGAAGUUUUUUGCAUAUUUAGGAUUGCAGUGAUGUCCAAAAACCAGUACAAGAGUCGUUGACUCAGCGUAUAUGACUAUUGCAGGAAUAGUACAAUGAUAGAUUCAAAAUUUGUGUUCUAGCCCACACAUCUGUUAUUUGUAGUAGGUGCAACAAUCCUUCUGUAUGUUGCAGCCACACGAUUCCUGCUGGUUAGUACUCGAACCAUAUCUCAAUCAUGCAUUUAUAUUGAAUUUAUCAUGAGGAUCAAGUCUAGGAUGCUACCAAUUGUUUAAUCUUAUUGGAGCUGAAAAAUUGUUAUUUACUUUAUUGUUAUUAAGCCAGGUCAAAGGAGUUAGGUUUUUUUUUCAUCACGAAAUACUUAACCUCAACUGGAUGUUGCACCGUAAAAUAUUUUGUUUUCAUCACGAAAUAAUUCAGAGCCUUUUCUUUUUAACCGGAAUAGAAAGGUCAAUAUCUCUUUAAAAGACGUUCAUUUUCCUACAAGAACCGUAGCCUCGCUGAACCGUCCAUUAAACUCGUCUGUCUUUUUGAAAAUACCUUUGCGACGACUACGAUAUCUCAGAAACCUUCGAAUCAACUUUACGCCAAAGAAUCUAACUCCUAGCAUAAAGAACAGACGUCCAUCUUGAGCGUUGUAGUUGUGGUGUGAGAUAUUACCACCAGGUCACAUGGUUAUAUCUCUGAACUAACCAGAUAUUCCUUUAAAUGUUUACACAAUUAUAGUUUUAUUAAUUUAUUUGUUCGGUCCCGGAUGUCUGGUCUCUGUGACGUAGUUUGACGAGUGAAUGUUUUACCACGUGUUCUAUCGUAUUUUACACUCCAAUAGAAAUACAGAGAUUUUACGAAGCAGAACCUGUCCUUGCAAUUUAACAUUUCAGUCGUGCAUUGGACCGCGUUAUUGUAAACAACACUGGUGUUCUUCGUAGUUCGUUCUGGUUUUUGGGUGAACUUGAUUAUAUACAACAUUCAUGUACACCAUGUUGAUAAACCUUGAUGGUAUACCAUUUACGGAGAUUGUUAAAUUUUAAUUUUUUGACCGAUUCCCAUCUAUCAUAAAUGAGAGAACCUGACUGUAGUAGAGGAUUAACAAAUGUUGUUAAGACUCUUUCCUGGAAUGAGUAAUUGGACAUCACUGGCGGGAUUUAGACAAACAAAGGAGUAAACGCUUGUGAAUCAAAUAUUGUAACAUUAAACGGCAGUUUUAGAAAAACAAGCAUGAAAUUCGUAUUCUUAUGCAGCUAUCUCAAUGUAUACAGUAAUCGAAAAAGCAACAAAAAUAAACAUUCUAUAUAUUUAUAUUCUAUAAAA